AUGCUGGCAUUUUCCACUUCCGGACUGUAUGGCUCCUAUGAAGAUCUGCAGAUUGGGCAAGUUUCAGAAGCCUUGGUGGAUUUUACAGGUGGUGUUAAUAUAAGGAUCAAUCUUGCAGCGGCUCCUCCUGAUCUAUGGGAUAUCCUGACAAGAGCAACGUACAGCAGAUCUCUCAUGGGCUGUCAGACACAUUUAGGGGCAACAAAGGUCCUGAAGAAUGGGCUUGUUGCUGGCCAUGCCUACACAGUGACUGGUAUUAGAAAGGUGACCUGUCAAUAUGGGCCAGAAAACCUAGUGAGAUUGAGAAAUCCAUGGGGAAAAAUUGAAUGGAAAGGUGACUGGAGUGACAGCUCUUACAAAUGGGAGCUGCUGAGCCCGAAGGAGAAAAUUUUGUUGAGGAAAAAGAAGGAGGAUGGAGAAUUCUGGAUGUCUCUGCAAGAUUUUAAGAUUCAUUUUGUAGAUCUGAUGAUCUGUAAACUAACUCCAGACCUGAUGAGCCAGGAAGAUGGGAAGAAGUGGAUGUACUCCCUGAAGAGUGGGAGAUGGGUUAAAGGAAGUACAGCGGGAGGAAGUCUGGGAUUCUGUAAUGGCAGUUUUUGGAUGAACCCUCAGUACUGCCUGAAUGUUUUGCCAGUUGAAGACAGUAAGAAAAGCCUGAGUUCCUGCAAUGUGGUUAUAUCCCUGAUGCAGAAACACAGCAGCAAACAUCGGAACCGAGCUCCUCACCUCUUCAUUGGAUUUUCACUCUACAAGUACCAGGAAAGCAACAGAAAGUUGCCCCCAGCUUUCUUCACCCAAUGUAAGCCUAUAAACAAGCAUCCAGUCUUCCUUGAUGAGCGGGAAGUGACUCAGGACUUCCACCUAAAGCCUGGUGUCUAUGUGAUUGUCCCAUCUACCCUGGAGCCUCAGCGGGAGUCUGAAUUCAUCCUGCGGGUCUUCUCCAGGAAGCAUGUCCUUUGGGAAAUGGGUGUGAACACCAACUUCACCCUCUCUAAGGAAAUUGUUGAUAGGUAUGAAGGCAAGAUUUGGGAGGAUUUCUUCACAAAGCAUUUUGAACAGAAUCCUGAAAUAAAUGCUGUUCAGCUCCAGAGGAUCCUGAAUAAUAUAUCUUGGAGAAAUUUCCAGAGUUUUCACCUACGUUUCAGUCUGGAUGCCUGCAAGGGUAUCUUGGUGCUCCUGGAUCUGAAUGCCUCUGGCACACUGAGUAUCCAGGAAUUCAGAGUCCUGUGGAAAAGGCUGCUUUUCUAUUUGGCAGUUUUCCAGAAAAGAGACACUAGCAGAUCAGGAAAGCUUGACCUUGUGGAACUACAUGCAGCUGUACAGGAGACAGGUAUUUCGCUCAGCAAUGAAGUCUGUAAUUUGAUGGCGAUCAGAUAUGGCGACCCUGACUUGAAGAUCAGCUUUGAGAGCUUUGUGUGCUUCAUGCUUCGAGUGGAGAUCAUGGCAGAGGCCUUUCGCAACUUAACACAGGAUGGCAAAGGGAUAUAUCUUCUGGAAACUGAGUGGAUGAUGAUGACACUGUAUUCCUGAAGCAAUGCUGUAGAAGAGGGGACAACCAGGCCUGUACCAGGAUGA